AAUGUUGUGAUAUUGCAAGUAGUAAUUAACUUCAGUUAGACUCUGCCGGAAUCGAAAGGGUCAAAAAUCACACAGGAGCAUCGGAAAAGCGCGGCUCUUCAGCUACUGCAGUUCUGCAGACUAACAAAUAUCAUUCACAGACUGAAUGUAACAUAAUGCAUACGCAACAGCUAACUGUUUUUUGUUUAACAAGUAGUGUGCUUGAAAGUAAUGUCUGAUUAUCGAUUAUUGGAGGGAGCAUCAAAACUAUGACACCGGCAAACCCUGGCAUUGUUCCACAUUGACAAUAUUGACAUCACGCUAAAAUAAUGAGCAAACGUGAAAAAAAAUCGUAAAUAUUAAUUCACGAGGUGUUGAUGGCGCAUUUUCCAUGCUAAAAGCUUUUCACAUGCUAAUACCAAACCUUAAAACCAAAUUCAAACAAAUAUCGUUCAAGAUAUUAUAAUCCCUUGAUAUUGUUGCAGUCAUUUUCUUUCGUGAUCUUAGCACUUUCAUCAACAGCGCAUCCAAAUAGAAGGAACACCAAAUGAGGACAUUAGCGGAAGGAACUGGACCCAAGUGCAUCCGUCCAUUAAGUAAUAUUUGUUUUUCAAAAUUUAUUUGUAAAGAAGCAAUUCUCCUACGAUCAGACUGUUCUUAAAGAAUUUUAAAUCAACAGAAUUGCCCAACGACUGAUGCCUAAUAUCUGAACACCAACUGAAAGAAGCAUGGAAUUGUGGUACUGAUUGGCAGAACUCAAAACAAGACUGAGAAAGUAAAACAAAAACCUGAUAAAAAAAUGAUGCAUAUUGAAAGAAAAAUGCAAAAAUGAAAAAAAAGAAAAAUUAGUAACUAGAGGUAUAUGAUGUAAUAAGUUGCCCACUCACUCACAAAAUGUUCCCUUAAAAAUUCAGUAAGUACCUUUCAGAUCUCUGUUUGUUUGCAGUCAUUGUUUAAGUGCAUUACAUUGCUGGUUUUCUUUUACCCCCUAUAAUUUUUAUCAUUUGACCUGACUUUGAAGCAGAAUUAUGUGAUAUGAAUGUCAGUCACAUUUUGUUUGCUCUCACGGUUAAAUUUUCCGCUCUCAGGUUCAAAGGCAGAGGUAAAACCGACUUCAAAGGUUAUUUAAAAGUCGUAUUCUUCAAAACAUACGUGUUUCAGACAUAGGAAAACUUGGCGAUUUCAAAACAUACAUGAAUCUAUUGUUAGUAACAGUUCAGUAAUGUGUGUUUUUCGUUUCCAGGAUCGUCCUGAAAAGCAAAUACGUCAGAAGAUCGUUGAUUUAAAACAAAUUAAUGCUUACCGCUUGCACUUAAAAUUACUCAUGUUUAAAAUUGUCUUUGCAUGUUUUUUCUUUCAUCUUUUACAAAAUAGAAACUGACGCAGACAAUGGCACGACGCUGGCUUUGCUCUCAUCAUUGUUGAUUUUUUUUAAUCUCCUUUUGCGUUUUUUGAGGACCAAGAGAAUACCUACGAGAGAAAAAAAAAAGGAAUUUUUUGUGGUAAAGAUUCCUUUACCUUUCGUUUUCAUUUUAGCCGGCUUAAUCAAUAUGGAACCAGAAAAUGUUUUAGUUGAGUCAGUAGUUGCAUAGCUUAAUUUGAAUAAAGAAGUGAAAAUAACAAAUGUUUUGUAGCACGUUGGUCUUCUGUUUGUGUUAAUGUCUGUUUUGUCAAUAGAAGUAUUAGCGAAGGAGAAGAGCUUUGUUCACAUAAUUGAAAGUGACCAAAACCUUCUAAUACACCUGCAGGUUGGAGUCGUUUCCAUGGCAAUGACAUCGCCUUUGCAUAAAGUGACAGAACGAUUGUACCUAUGCGCCGUGCUUGGUUGCGGCGAUCUAUGCCGUUUGAGCUCAGCUUUGUUUAUCAGAAAUAUGCUCAGAUUUACUUCUGAUUACAGUCAUGCCCAUUUUUAGACGCAAACGCUUCUGGAGCAAAGGUAAAGAGGGCGCUUACAUGGUAAGUUCGGAUGAUAAUGAAUCAUCAACGGGUAAAAACAGUCCAAGAAAUCGCGCGGGAUCUUACAACUCCGAUCCCAGGGGCAGUAUCGGUUCUGCUGGCAGUAUAGCCACGCCUGGAGGAUCUGAAGAUGCUAGGAGCUACCAGCUAUCGAGAGCGGGCUCGAUAGCAACUCGUUCUGUGUCCAAGUCACACCAGAAUGGUUUGACAAGCUCUGUAGGAUCGUUGGACGAUGACAUUGAAGUGUGGGACUCCAUCUCUGUACAAGAACAAACCGUUCGGCUCCUUGGUAGUUUCAGGAAACCAUCAGUGACAAUGCAGCAGAUUCAAGUAGAAAUAAACGAGGAUAAGCUUGCUCAGAGCGGGAGACAGGCUGCUAAGGAAGAAGAGCGUCAUGUAGAUCCGAUGGAUGCCGAAACGACGGCUCAUGUCAAGAAGGUUGUGGCCUCCAUCUUACGGCAGUACAGCGAGGCUUCUAGCGACUCUGGAAGCUCCACAGCUGAAAACUUGGAAACUGAAUCCCCCAUUUUGUCCGACGAGGAAUCAUCGGACGAAGAAACCGAAGACGAGUUUGAUUUGGAGGCGCAUGUCAGGAAAAUCUGUAAACACGACAACGGAAGUGACAGCGAGUCGGACGGAAACGGAAGUAACAACUCGGAAAAAGUAUUUAAAACUGCCGUCCGUAAGGCAAUGAGGAAAAUAAAGCGAGAACGAUCAGAUGAACUAGCCGAUUCCGAUAACGGAUCCAUGAAGGGUACGGAAAACGAACGACCGCCGAAUAGCGACGGUUCUUCUUCAGAAUCUAGCGACGAAAGUAAUGACGAUGGUAACUCCAGUGGGGCUGGCAGCUUUGAAAUGGCACGAGAUGUGGACCCUGAGAUCCAAGAACUCAUGGACGGUGGGCCCAUUAUUCAUCCAAACGGAGAUUCAUCCAACGCAAACAAAUAUCGCACCAUUUAUAAAUGUUUCAUGCCCGAUGAAGGAAAGAUCGGUUCCAAACAAGAUCCAAUCGCUAAUCAAUCGGAAGAUACCGGAAAUCCUCCGACGGAAAACCACCGUGAAGAUAACUUGGCCUCAAGUUUGGACGAUAGCAAAGCACAGGACCUUCGGUGGCCGUUUUCCAGUUUUUAUGUGAAAGAAGUACGUCACGAGGCGUCAAUCCCAAAGAAUUUUGAAGCGCUGCCGUCCUAUCGUUCGACCCCUGCCAGCGCGGCGCAUCCUGGCCGAAAGAGAAACGUCAUGCUGGGACGAGUCUGGUGGGUAGAAUGGUGGGCACGGGAGGAUACAAAAAUGAAAUCAGGUGCGGAUACUCAGCAGUGACAGAUGUAUUACGAAUGACAUUAUGGUAAGAUAUGACUGAGACAAGGAUAGUACCAAUGCAAACUGGUGGAAUCUGAGUAGCCAGAACGUGGCAAGGAGAUUCUAAUAGCUAAAUGUAAACAUUAAUUUUCUCUAAAUUGAAUAUUCAUGGAAAGGCUCGUCUUUUGACACAUGUGAAAUGAAAGAACUUACUUUAGGAAAGAAAUUAACAUUUAAUGUUUAUACUCAGGUGUGUCUGCUGAAUGUAAAAACCAAUAUGUUUCUAAAUAUUUUACGAAUGGCGCGUUAAUUUCAACGCAUUUCAAAUUUUUUGGACUUAACCCUGUAACUCCUAAGAUCAUAUUGUUAAUUCUCCCCUCUAGCUGCUACAGAUUUCGUUGUAAGUUAACUACGAGAUUUUCGUGUUAGAUCAAGAUAGCUACUUCAAACUGUUAAAUUCUCAUUACCUGUUUAGUGGAUAAUCUAUGGAUAUUAUGAGGAGAGGUUAGAUGUUAAUCACUUCUGGGACGUUAAAAGGAAAGUUGAAUCAUAGAAGCAUAUCUAUACAUUUAACGACACCACUAUUUCAGAUUUAUCUAAAAUACUUUACGAAACGAUAGAUUUUCAGUGAAAUGUCUUAAAUUUAGAUCAAUUCUUGGCGUCGAACUAUACAAAGAAUAGACCUAAUGCAUGAGGAGCCUACUUCUCGUCGUGUUUUUUUAAACUUCAUGUAAAAAAAAUGGAUGGUUCUUAUCCCGUUACUAGUUUAUAAAUUAUUUCCCAAUGUUCUGAUUGUUGAAUAUUGGAACCAAAUGAAAAUGACAAAGCGUGUAUCGAGGGAGUGGGGUGAGUGGGGGUGAGUAGUAUCUCAACUAAGAGCUUGAUAUCAAAACAGUUUGCGCCUUACAUUACGUUCACAUCUAGUUUUUCAUGAGACGAGAUGGUGUGAAGUGCCCAUUUUGAAAUGUAUGGAAACACUUGGAAACACGUUAAUGUUAAUAUUAUUUGAAUUUAACUUUCA